AAGGUAAGACUCCGUGAUCUUCUGUUCUAACGACAGUACAAAAAGACUUGGCUGAUUCUUCAAGCUGAAGGAUAAUUCAAUCAUUAAACUUCCUCUCUAUAAAAUUUCCGUUGAAGAAGAAAUCGAGAAAAUUACAUGGAAGAAGAUAGGAGAAGUAGAGGGCAUCCUCUGUUGAGAUCGAAGAAGAGACAAGGAGGAGGAGGAGGCUAUAGCCAUGGCUUCUCACAAUCUCAGAUUCAGUCUCUCGCCGUCAUCUGUCAAACACUCCUCCCUCCUCCUCCUGAGACCAGGGCGGAGCAAGAAGCUGUUGAUACCUUCGACGUAGCCUCCCGUUCUAAGCCACCUUUCACCGAUGAGGUAGCGGAGAUGAUAGCAAAGAAUGGAAGAUCAGAAGCAGUGAAGGUUUUCAAAAUCAUAUUGACGAUUCUAUCAUAUAGAUUUGGAACUUUAUUCCUUUGUGGCUCUCUCUGUCUUGAUAAGAACUGGCCUUUCGUCCUUACAUUCUCUGAGCUUCCAUUGGACAAAAGAGAAGAGAUCCUGAGGAUGUGGUCGAGACAGAGUGGCUUCUUCCUUCCUCUUCGAAUCACUUUCUUCCUUGCAAAGUUCUACACUCUCUUCUCCUUCUUCUCCCAGAGAGAUGAGAAUCUGAAGAACCCUGCAUUAGAAGCAAUAGGGUACUCCAUCGACACGACCAAUACGAGCAAAGAUUACGAGACGCCAAGACCUCUAGAGAAAGGGAUCAUUGAGACCAAGAACGAGACUGACGUUACCAUCCGACAAUCUCUAACACAAAAAGGUGUUCACGUCGCUAGAGAGGAUAACGACAAUGUCCACAGGAUCAGAUGCGAUGUAGUUAUUGUAGGCUCUGGAAGCGGAGGAGGUGUUGCAGCUGCAACACUAGCGAAAGCAGGACUCAAAGUCUUGGUUCUUGAGAAAGGAAACUACUUCACAGCUCAGGACUACUCAGGUCUAGAAGGUCCGUCUAUGCUCGAGCUAUACGAGAAAGGCGGGCUCAUGACGACGGUCGACGGGAAGUUCAUGGUCUUGGCCGGUUCAACGGUAGGUGGAGGAACAGCUGUUAACUGGUCAGCUUCUAUAAGAACACCGGAUCAUGUUCUGCAAGAAUGGUCGGAAGAGAGUAAGAUCGAGUUCUUCGGUAGCCAAGAGUAUCAGCUAGCGAUGGAUGAAGUCACUAGAAGACUCGGUGUCACGGAAAGAUGCGUCAAAGAAGGGUUACAGAACCAGGUUCUGAGAGAAGGGUGCGAGAGACUAGGGUUGAAGGUAGUUUCUGUUCCAAGAAACUCACCGGAGGAUCAUUACUGCGGUUCUUGCGGGUACGGUUGUAGAGAAGGAGGCAAGAACGGGACGGACAAGACUUGGCUUGUUGAUGCCGUGGAGAACGGUGCGGUGAUCUUGACAGGCGUCAAAGCUGAGAGAUUCGUUUUCACAGACAACACUGGCGAUGAGAGGAAGAAGAAGAAGAAACGAUGCGUGGGAGUGAUAGCGAGCUCUGUUGGAGGAAAGAUUGAGAAGAAGUUCAUGAUCGAAGCUAGGGUAACGGUUUCAUCGGCUGGUUCGUUGUUAACACCGCCUCUGAUGCGUUCAAGUGGGCUAGAGAACAGGAACAUAGGGAGGAACCUGAAGCUGCACCCUGUUCUCAUGACAUGGGGAUACUUCCCGGAGGAGAACGGUUCUGAGUUCUCUGGGAAAAUGUACGAGGGAGGGAUCAUCACAUCGGUCCAUCAUGUGCACGAUGCUGAAUCUGGUUGCAGAGCGAUACUGGAGACUCCGCUAGAAGGACCAGCUUCGUACGCGGGGCUGAGCCCGUGGAUUUCAGGAGCUGACCUUAAGGAGCGGAUGAUGAAGUACGGAAGGACAGCUCAUUUGUUUGCUCUCGUUAGGGACUAUGGCUCUGGUGAGGUUUUGAAGGAAAACGUGGUUACGUACAGGACAAGCAAGAAAGAUAGGGAGAAUCUGAGGGUAGGGCUUAGACAGGCUUUGAGGGUUUUGGUUGCAGCAGGUGCAGUUGAAGUUGGAACAUAUAGGAGUGAUGGGCAGAGGAUAAAGUGUGAAGGAAUCACAAGAGAAGCCAUGGAAGAGUUUCUAGACAGCGUUGAUGCGGUUGGUGGUGUCAGCACAAAGGGUGAGCACUGGACGACGUACUUCUCGGCUCACCAGAUGGGUAGUUGCAGGAUGGGACUCACGGCGGAGGAAGGUGCGGUGGAUGAGAAGGGUGAGAGCUGGGAAGCAGAGGGACUGUUUGUUUGUGAUGGGAGUGUGUUGCCAUCAGCUGUUGGAGUGAAUCCAAUGAUCACCAUCCAGUCUACUGCUUACUGCAUCUCCACAAGGAUAGUUGCAUCACUGACAGAAGGCAAUAACUGAAACUAUCUCAUCAUGUUCCUGAAAGAUUUUGGAUUCAUACUGAAUAAGUGAGUGUUCCUUGCAAGAAAAGAUUCUGGUGUGUUAUACACGUUUCUGCAAUGGUACGUACUAGUUACAGUUUCUUGAAGAAUUUCAAAAUUAUUAAUGACAAAUUCGAAAUCCAUAAGAACUCUUCAUCACUUUAUUUAAACAUCAUUUCACACAUGCA